UCCUUAUCACUAUACAAAAACAAUCUGGAAGACUCAAGAUUUUACAGUCAUGGAUGCUCAAUCUCUUAGUGUGAUGCGGUGUAAGAGGAUAUUAUACAACGUCCCAGGCUAUAACUGUAUUCGCAGUAAGAAGAAUGAAAGAAAGUUGGCUGUUAAAGCUUGCUUCUCUCAUGCCUCAGGACGGAUGGAUUUUGGAGAUGAAGAUAUGAUAGUUUUGAGAUGUCGGAUUCAUAAGUUAAGAAGGGAGGAAAUAAAUUAUAUUCCUCCCCAACAUUGGAUGCGAUGGGAGAAAAACUGGUAUCCCACAUAUCAUUCAGAUGUUUGCUCAUUCCUUUUACGGUUGCAGAACAUUCUACUUAACAGCAGGCCUGGUGUUGCCAUUGGAAUUUUGGGUUUAAUCUCGUUUAGCGUUCCGGUCUCAGUCUUGCUUCUUCUUAUUCAAACCUCAUGUCAUUUGAAGGUUUAAGCAUUAGAUUGAACAGUGAGUUGUGAUUUCAACACUAAUAAAAAUACAAUUGAAAGCAUUCUGGAAAAUGCUUUCCAAUAAGAUGUAUGCCCUACCAGGACCAUCAAACCAACUUCAAAAGUCUUUUGGACUUGUGAUUGUUUGUCUGCAUCUAUUUUUACUGAGGCGUACUUCCUCACAAUUACUAAUAAUCACAAUUUGUUGAAUAUA